UCGUCAUGUCACCAUCGUCCACUUGGGAGAACGCCUGGAAUGCUGCCCAGCCACGCUUGAACGCGUUGCGUCAAUCUCUGCACCUCUCGUCGCCAGAAAAUGUGCCUAUAUCACGCGUCGGACAGCUCGACGCUGAGAUCCUCGACCAGGAGCUCAUUACCCUUCUUCAAGAGCCGCUAAACAAGGCUCUAGUGCUGGCAAACGCUUCAUUUAAAGGACGUUUCGAACAAGAGCUUACUUUACUUAUUCACUUAGUGCUGUACAAGCUGUCAAUCUGGAAUACCGGUGCCAGCUACGGUGCAAAGCUGCAGGAUCUUCGUUACACUGUCGCGCCUUCAGCGUCUCAUGGUCAUUCUCUUACUCCUUCUGGUCUACCGAGACGAAUACUAAUAAUUCAUGGCACCCUCACCAUACUGGUACCCUAUGCACAUUCCAGAUUUCGCGCCCAUGCGCUUUCCCGUGCUUGGCCAGAUGCACCCACCUCUGAUCUUCGUCACAAAGCAUGGGAUCUGUUGACUUCCUUCGAAUCAUCGUACACACUACUCGGUCUCGCCAGCUUUGUGGCAUUCCUCUGGGAUGGUCGCUUCCGUACAGUCGCCGACCGAUUAGUGAACAUGCGACUGGUUCCGUCUCGAGCUCUACUCAGGCGCGAUGUCAGUUACGAAUUCAUGAAUCGCCAGAUGGUCUGGCAUGCUUUCACCGAAUUUCUGCUAUUCCUUUUGCCUCUCAUCAGUGCUCGGAAAGUACGCCAUCGAGUCAAUCGCAUCACAGCAUCAUUAGUGUCAAUACCAUCCAAACUCCAAUCGGCAUUGGGCAAACAAUCAUAUCCUUCAAAUGCAGCGCCGCGUAUAUCCCAAGCAUUUGGCAAGUAUCAUUCACUGCCUGUAGAUCAAUGCGCGAUCUGUGCAGAAAACGCUUCAUUCAAUCUCAAUAUGGCCGAUUCAGCAAACGCGUUUACCGCACUUGCAGUCUCACAAUCCAGUUCUAACGUCGCGUCUAGCGGCUCACAAAGCGAGCCUCCCGCAUAUCCAUUAUACACACCAUAUAUCACGUCGUGUGGUCAUAUGUAUUGUUAUCAUUGUAUAGCCGAGCGAAUGAUGCGCGCGGCCGAUGAUGCAGAGGACGAAAGUUGGGAAUGUCUAAGGUGCACAGAGGUUGUCCGUGGCGCUGAGCGGUUCACAGUAGAAGUCGACGAAGUCGGUGGAAGUGACUACGAUUUCAGUAGCGACUUCGAUAUCGACACCACAGACCUCUCAGGUUCAAUUGGAUCUUACAGCGAAUCCGGUCUUUCUGAUGAUUACUAGUUCGUAUCUAGUAUCAUUAAUAUCAAACCAAAGAUGAGAACUGAGAAGCCGGGAUGGAAGCAUGACAUAUAUGGGAGAAGUAUACGAGAUGAAAAAAUCAUUCUUC